CCGUGGUAUUUGUCGGACUUUGUGGAUUUCUUCGGUGGUCGGUUAUCGCAAUCGUUAGCCGCUACCAUAUUCUUAUUCUUUGCCAAUAUAACCUCCAUAAUCACAUUUGGAGCUGUAAUGGAACGACUUUUACAUCAUCAGAUGGCGUCAAUUGAAGCCAUUCUGAGUGGAGGAAUUUCUGGAAUGAUAUUCGCAUUGUUUGCCGGUCAACCGCUCAAUAUUCUUUCAGCUACGGGUCCUACACUGGUUUUUGAGAAUAUAUUGUUUGAUUUUUGCAUCGGGAAUGGCUGGGAAUUCUUGCCAUUUCGAUGUUGGGUUGGAAUAUGGAUAGCAGUUUUUUUGAUUAUACUUACGGCUACAGAUAUGUCCGCUCUCGUCGGUCUCAUCUCUAGGUUUGUGGGCUAA